CGGAAGCCGCUUCUGGAGCCGGAAGCGCGCCGCGGAGGCCCGGGGCGCACGAGAGCGGCGGCGGCGGCAUGGGGCUCCUGGGCGCGGCGGCGCGCUGCGUGGUCCGCGGCGCCGACCGCAUGAGCAAGUGGACGAGCAAGCGGGGCCCGCGCACCUUCUACAAGAGCCGCGGCGCGAAGGGCACCGGCUACCUCGUCCGCGGCGGCAAGUUCCUGCUCGUCAAGGAGCAGGUGCCCGAGCUGGUGGUGCCCGACCUGACCGGCUUCAAGCUCAAGCCCUACGUCAACUACCGCGCGCCCGCGGGCACCGACACGCCCCUGACGGCCGAGCAGCUCUUCCGCGAGGCGGUGGCGCCCGCCAUCGAGAAGGACUUCAGGGCCGGCACCUUCGACCCCGAGCGCCUGGAGAAGUACGGCUUCGAGCCCACGCAGGAGGGCAAGCUCUUCCAGCUGUACCCCAAGAACUUCCCGCGCUAGCGGCCCCGGCCCCGGCCCCCAUUAAAGGCCCGGCUACCUUCGCGCGUGUGC